AUGGAGAGCGAAAGCAGCCAAAGCAACGUCGAUCCUUUGCAUAAUCAUGACAUCCGUAUCACAACCCCUCAAGGCCCAACUCCACCUAGGGUCCGUCGCUCUGAUUUCCCCAAAGAUUUUAUAUUUGGUUCUGCAACAUCGGCUUAUCAGGUCGAAGGUGCCUGGAAUGAAGAUGGUAAAGGCGAGAGUAAUUGGGAUCGUUUCACAGCGGAUAAUCCUGAUAAAAUUACAGAUAAAGGCAACGGGCGUUUGGCUAUUAAUCACUACCAUCAGUGGAAGGAAGAUGUGACUUUGAUAAAGAAAGUGGGUUUAAAUUCUUAUAGAUUUUCAAUUGCUUGGACGAGAGUAUUACCAGGAGGAAGAUUAAGUGCUGGGGUAAAUAGAGAAGGAAUUAAGUACUAUAAUGCUCUCAUAAACUUGCUCCUAGCCGAAGGCAUUACACCUUGCGCAACUAUCUUUCAUUGGGAUGUUCCCCAAUGUUUGGAAGACGAGUAUGGUGGCUUUUUAAGCCCUCGAAUUGUGGAAGAUUUUUCUGAUUUUGCUGAGAUUUGCUUCUGGGAAUUCGGUGAUCGUGUGAAACUUUGGGUCACAUUGAAUGAGCCAUGGAGCUUUUCUGUUUCCGGAUAUGUGUUUGUGGCAGUUGAUAUAUACAAGAAGAACUUUCAGAAUCUUCAAGGAGGCAAGAUAGGAGUCACAAAUGUUACACAAUGGUAUGAGCCACUCAAUGACACAACAGCUGAUAAAGAGGCUGCUUCAAGGGCAGUUGAUUUUGCGUUGGGUUGGUUUGUAGCACCCGUGGUUACUGGCGAUUAUCCACCAGUUAUGAGACAAUUAGUAGGAGAACGCCUUCCUAAAUUUACACCAGAACAGGUUACUCUCGUGAAGGGAUCCUAUGACUUUUUAGGAAUAAACUAUUACACUACGAAUUAUGCAACAAAUUCACCUAAGACACCUGGAGCAAACCCAAGUUACAAUACCGAUCAGGAGGUUCAAACAUCAACUGAACGUAAUGGGACGCCCAUAGGUGAACAGGCUGGUUCGAGUUGGUUGUACAUCGUUCCAGAAGGGCUAUACAAGCUCUUGGUUCAUUUGAAAGAACGAUACAAUAAUCCCUACAUUUACAUCACAGAGAAUGGGGUGGAUGAAUUGAACACUAAAGCAACAGUUGCACAAGCUCGGUUUGAUGAUAUGAGGGUUAGAUCUCACCACGACCACCUUUUCCAACUUAAAAAAGCAUUGGACCGCGGUGUUCGUGUGAAGGGUUAUUACAUAUGGUCAAUGUUUGACAAUUUUGAAUGGGCCGAUGGUUAUACCGUUAGGUUUGGUAUUGUUCAUGUAGAUUUUGAGAAUAAUCAGUUGAAAAGGUUCCCGAAAAGCUCUGCUAUAUGGUGGACGAAUUUCUUGAAUAUGAAGAAGGUCAAGAAACAGGUCAAGAGCAAGAAGCGGGACAAGAAGCUCUUCUUUUUGUUCUGA